CGAAAAUAAAUAAAACCCCAAAUUGGUGAGGUCACACAAACAACAGAACGGAAUCAUUAGCUUUUUAGCAGGAGGGAGGACGAAUCACACAGCUUCCAUUAAUUUCUUUCAAAAUUCAAAUCUCCCUCACUCGCUCACUGGCACUCUCCUCUACCUCUGAUCACAAGCUUGUUAAUGGCUUUUCCGUCCGGUAGCAGCAAUGGAAGUGGAACUCAGGUUGCAUCAUUGGUAUCCGGAGAACAACGUCGUGUUGGCCUGGUAUAUGAUGAACGGAUGUGUAACCAUUCAACACCUAGAGGCGAAGACCAUCCGGAAAACCCCGAUCGUAUUCGUGCUAUUUGGAACAAACUCGUGUCUGCUGGAAUUCCACAGAGAUGUGUGGUCUUUAAUGCCAAAGAAGUGAAAGACACAUAUAUAGCUGAGGUUCAUACUAAUAAUCACAUUAAUUUGAUCAAGACUAUAAGCUCCAAAAAGCUGGCCCCACAAAGAAACAGGGUGGCUGCAAAAUACAAUUCAAUAUAUUUUAAUGAAGGUUCAUCAGAAGCUGCUUAUCUUGCUGCUGGAUCUGUGCUUGAGGCUGCUGAGAAAGUUGCAAAAGGGGAGCUUAACUCUGCCUUUGCAAUUGUUAGACCUCCUGGACACCAUGCAGAAGAAAAUCAACCAAUGGGAUUCUGUCUAUACAACAAUAUUGCAAUUGCAACAAGCUUUCUUCUUAACCAAAAAGAAUUGGAUAUCAAAAAAAUAUUAAUUGUUGACUGGGAUGUCCAUCAUGGAAAUGGCACUCAAAAGAUGUUCUGGAAGGACUCUCGAGUGCUGUUCUUCUCUGUUCACAGGCAUGAGUUUGGGAGUUUUUAUCCUGCUGGUGAUGAUGGUCAUUAUAUCAUGAUGGGUGAGGGACCAGGUGCAGGAUAUAAUAUAAACGUUCCCUGGGAGAAUGGUCAGUGUGGAGAUGCAGAUUAUAAUGCAGUUUGGGACUAUAUAUUGAUCCCAGUUGCAAGAGAAUUUAACCCUGACAUAAUUCUAAUUUCGGCAGGAUUUGAUGCAGCCAUUGGCGAUCCUCUAGGAGGCUGCCGUAUCACACCACAUGGUUAUUCUAUAAUGCUGAAGAAGUUGAUGGAGUUUAGCAAGGGAAAGAUUGUUAUGGCGUUGGAAGGAGGAUACAAUCUCAAUUCUUUAGCCAAUUCAGUACUUGCUUGUGUAGAAAUGCUGCUAGAAGACAAACCUAUUGUUGAAUCCUUUGAGGUUUAUCCAUUUGAAUCCACAUGGAGUGUGAUUAAGGCGGUUCGUGAGGAAUUAAGUGCAUUUUGGCCGGUACUUGCAGAGAAGUUGCCUGAGAAGUUGCCAAGUAGAGUAACGCCUCAAGUUCAGAUAUAUAGCUCGCAGUCAGAUGAUGAGUAUGAUGAUGGUCCAAAUACAUUAUCAGAGGAUCUUCAGGAGGAUGUUACAAUACCACUUUCAAAACUGAAAGUUAGCGAUGAUGCUCAUGAUGCAGGUCAAGCUGCUGCUGCUUCUCCAGCUUGGAGAUCUGAGUUAUCAAAAAUUGAUGUUUGGUAUGCCUCUUUUGGAUCAAACAUGAGUGAGUCAAGAUUCCGCUGUUAUAUAGAAGGUGGCCAGGCCGAAGGCAUGCGAAGGCCAUGUAAAGGGGCUGUAGACAAAAGCCAGCCGAAGGAGGUCCUGUGGAAGAUCGUUCCUCACCGUUUAUUCUUUGGUCGAGAGAGUACAAUUACUUGGGGUCCUGGAGGGGUUGCUUUCCUUCAUCCUGCAAGUAGCGAUCAGGAGAAAACCUAUAUGUGCCUCUAUAGGAUCACUCUUGAGCAGUUUAACGAUGUUCUGCUUCAGGAGAAUGUCCUUACAGACACAAGUUCUCCUUUCUUUGAUCUGAAUGCUUUAGACUCCAUCGAAAAUGAAAAGAACAUUCCUUUGGAAGCUCUCAAGGAUGGUUGGUACCAUAACGUUGUUUACUUGGGGAAGGAGAAGGAUAUUCCAAUUCUGACAAUGACGUGCACUGUUGGUCAUGUUGAGGACUUUAAAUCUGGGAAGACACCAAUUUGUGCUCCAGCCAAAGAAUAUGCAGACACCUUGGUGAGAGGACUUGUACUGGGAAAGCAGCUGUCAGAAGAUGAAGCCACUGUUUAUAUACAGGAAGCCUCUACUAAACCAUUAUGACCUCAAUCUCUAUCAUAUGUAUAUAUUCCUAAGAAAUUGAUGAGUAGCUCUCCUGAUCAACAAGGAUUCAUGCUUUUGAACUCCAAAACUGAUGGGAUUUGAAAUUGGCUCA